AUGAGCCGAAUCACUGGCGAGAAAAAGCCCAAACGAAUCCGAGAGCAUGGUGGACUUUUCAGGGCAAUGAAGAAGCGCCUGGAACGAACCUCGUCCACAGAACCGGCAAACACGCACGUCAGAGUCAACCCUCCUUCUCGUCCGGGUGUUGGGCUGUACGAUACCUACGCUCGCGCGUUGGGUAAGUGGCACGAUGCCAUGUGUAAGAGUCUUCCAGGAUACAAGGACAACGAAGACGAAAGAAGCUGGUAUUUAUCGCGGGACAGCGUGAAAUGUAGUGCUUGGAGGGAGUGUGCAGAAUGUUUGAAACCGGAAUUGCCGCCUAUCGUUGGUGGUUUCAACAAGCAAUUCCGCGAAAUGGCUCUCGAGGGUGCAGCUCAAGGCACACUUGGCUUGGAUCCCAUCCGAUUUUGGUUCGGUCCUAGGUAG